AAUCCUUUGCUCGCCGGUCCCUCCGUUUGACCCACAGGAAGGUCCAUAUGGAAAGUGGAUCCAUUCAAGGUUUGCAGGAUGAGAAAUCCUUCUCUGGAAAAGGUGCCAUAGGUCUCAAAAGCCCCCCCAAAUUAAAACCCUAUAGAUGUCUGGAAUGUGACUUAUGCUUUGGUCAAAAGGCACACCUUCUUACACAUCAGAAAAUCCACACUGGAGAGAAAGAAUAUCAAUGUCUGGAAUGUGGGAUUUUUUUCCGUGAGAAAUCCACCCUCCGAAACCACGAGAGGAUUCACACAGGGGAGAAACCUUACAAGUGUUGGGAAUGUGGAAAGAGCUUUCCUCAGAAUGCAAGUCUCUGGGCCCAUGAGAAGAUUCAUGCAGGAACAAAAUCUUACAAAUGCUUUGAGUGUGGAAAAUGUUUCAGCCUGAGUACAUCUCUUCGGAAUCACGAGAAAACGCACAGAGGGGAGAAAAACGAAAAGUGCCUCGAAUGCGGGAAACGUUUUUCCAGUAAAUCACACCUGGUGCGACAUCAGAGACUUCACACUGGAGACAGACCCUUUGAAUGCCCAGAAUGUGAGAGACGAUUUAUGUAUUCUUCUGAACUUCAGAGACAUCAGAAAUGGCACAAAGGAGAGCUACCCUAUAAAUGUAUGGAAUGUGGGAAAAGUUUUAUUUCGCCAACCCAUCUUCAGGUUCAUCAGAGAUUCCACACAGGGGAGAAGCCAUUCAAAUGUGGGGAGUGUGGGAAAUGCUUUUCCCAAAAGCAACACCUUGGAAGCCAUCAGAGGCUCCACACAGGAGAGAAGCCGUACAGAUGCCUAGAAUGUGGGAAAUGUUUUGGACAGAAGGGAGGCCUUUGGGCACAUCAUAAAACCCACACCGGGGAGAAACCACAUCAAUGCAACGAAUGUGGAAGAUUUUAUAGUACCCCAUCAGCCCUUAGAAGUCAUGUGAAAAUUCACACAGGGGAAAAAAGCUACAAAUGUUUAGAUUGUGGGAGAGCAUUUGCUCAAUCAUGUUCCCUUAGAAGUCACAGCCGAAUCCAUACAGGAGAGAAGCCCUAUAAAUGCUCAGAGUGCGAUAAAAGUUUUUCUCAAAAAAAUACUCUUUUGAAGCAUCAGCGAAUCCACACUGGAGAAAAACCAUAUAAAUGCCUGGAGUGUGGGAAAUGUUUUGCCCAACCUUCAUCAUUUCACAGGCACACCAGAAGUCACGCAGGAAAGAGGCCUUACAAGUGUGCAGAGUGUGAGAAAACUUUUCAUUGUAAAUCACAGAUAAAAAUACAUCAGAAAGUCCAUAGCAGAGAUAAAUCUCUUCAGUCGUGAACAAUA